GUAAUGCGUGUCCGCGAGGGCGAGCGUAACUUCCACAGCAUCAGCUAUUCUCGACUAUCGGUGCUCACCGUCAUUCUUCUGUGUCGCUUCGCGAUCGCUGUUCUGCUUGGCGUGUCUGGGGCACUAUGCUUGUGCAAAACACGUAACACGGCUGACAUUUUCCUGAAUGCUGUGGCGCUUGACUUCGUGCUGGAGGUCGAUGACGUACUGUUCCGAGUCAUCGCUCCAAGGCGUAUGCUGCUGUACAUAAGCUCUAUUCAGCCGCUUGAUGUCGGCACACGGAAGAUGUGGAAGGGUGUUGAUGCACAGAGCGUUCUGAAGUUGAUUUCACUGGUCACAACGGUAUGGUUCUUCGUCUCCACGAGCCUGCAAAGCAACGCUGACGAGGCGCGCCAAGCCCGGCAGAUGCUGUGUGGCGGCAACAGAGACUUCAUCUAUGGCACUCACCCCACGCUGGGUCCCAUGUUCUUUUCGCUACAGCAAAGACGAGGUGGGCAC